AUGUCUUACCAAUACAAGAGUUCAUACAGUAAUGAUGACAUGGACCUGGCGGUGUCUGCCGUUCGCAGAAAGGAGAUGAAAUUAAAGGAUGCAUCAUUGCAAUAUGGGGUGCCAAAGUCAACGCUCCACGACCAUGUUAUGGCAAAGGAUGAUAAAACGUUAGGCAGUAGAGGGAGGAAACGCGAACUUAGCGAUGACGACGAAAGGGCUCUUGCCAACUACCUGACAUACAUGGCCAACCAGGGUGUGCCGGCCUCUCGUCCAAUUGUGAAGGCGAAGGUUAUUGAAAUCCUUAAUGAGUCUGGUUCAGCACAAAGAGUGAACAUGAUCACCGGGCCUACCAGUAAAUGGUUUAAAGGCUUCUUGAACCGCCACGGGCUGAGCAACAGAACUGCAGAAAGCAUGAACGCCGCCCGAGCGUCAAUGUCCACCGAGGCUGUCUUGAAUGAGUUCUUUGAUUUUUAUGAGGCAGUGGUGGACAAGUAUGACAUAAGGAACAAGUCCGAACAGAUCUUUAACUGCGAUGAAACGGGUUGGACGGGGAAAGAAAAAUCUACAUCAAAGGUUAUUGCGCCCAAGAACGGACAUGUAUUCAAAAAGAAAAUAGUACCAAGUGGACACAUAACCGCACACGUUUGUGUCAGUGGCAGUGGUCGUUUUCUGCCGUCGCUGGUGAUAUUUCAAGAUUGCGUUCCACAUCGUAAAAUCGAGGAUGUUCCUGAGUCAUGGUUGUUUGCGGCUAGUGACUCCGGCUUCAUGAAUACAGAUAUUUUCCAUCAGUGGUUCGUGAAGUGCUUCAUUCCCCACUGCGGGAAAGCAAGACCCGUGCUGCUAACCAUGGAUAAUCAUGGCAGUCAUGUUUCCAUCAACACUAUCAAGGCUGCAAUUGAAAACGACGUAGUGUUGAUGGGAUUCCCUGGACAGACAACACACAUCCUUCAGCCUUUAGAUGUUAAGGUAUUUGGGCCACUUAAGUCGCGAUUUGCUACCGUGUGUAGCCAUCUUGGGUACUCUUGCUCAGGUGUAACAUUGGGGAAAUCAAAGUUUCCUGCAGUAUUACGACAUGCCAUCGACCAGGCGACACCAGCUUCGGUUCAGCGAGCUUUUGAAGUUACUGGUCUGUGCCCUGUUAACCGUGACGCGAUAGACAAAUCACAGCUGAUUGAACCAAUGUUCGCAACCACAGGCGAAACCAGUGGUUAG